GCGGCAUGAGCGAGGCGGGCGAGGCCCCCGCCGCCGCGGCCACCGCCGCCGCCGGCCUCCCGCCGGGCCCGGCCCCCGCCGCCGCCCCGGACCCCGCGCCCAAGAGCCCGGCGGCCGGCGGCGCGGCCCCGGCCCUGGCGGCCGGGAACCCGGGCGGGGACGCGGCCCCCGCCGCCCCGGGCCCCGCGGGCCCCGCCGCCGGCGAAGACGCGGAGAAGAAAGUUCUAGCCACCAAAGUCCUUGGAACUGUGAAGUGGUUCAAUGUCAGAAAUGGAUAUGGAUUUAUAAAUCGGAAUGACACCAAAGAAGAUGUAUUUGUACAUCAGACAGCCAUCAAGAAGAAUAAUCCACGGAAAUACCUGCGCAGUGUAGGGGAUGGAGAGACAGUUGAGUUUGAUGUGGUUGAAGGAGAAAAGGGUGCUGAAGCAGCCAAUGUGACUGGCCCAGAUGGAGUUCCAGUGGAAGGGAGCCGCUACGCUGCUGAUCGGCGCCGUUACAGACGUGGCUACUAUGGCAGGCGCCGUGGUCCUCCCCGUAACUACGCUGGGGAGGAGGAGGAGGAAGGGAGCGGCAGCAGUGAAGGAUUUGAGCCCCCAGCCACCGAAGGGCAGUUCCCAGGGGCGCGGAGUCAGCUGCGCCGCCCCCAGUACCGCCCCCAGUACCGGCAGCGGCGGUUCCCGCCAUACCACGUGGGACAGGCCUUUGACCGGCGCUCGCGGGUCUUUCCCCAUCCCAACAGAAUGCAGGCUGGCGAGAUUGGAGAGAUGAAGGAUGGAGUCCCUGAGGGAGCUCAGCUCCCAGGACCAGUUCAUCGAAAUCCCACAUACCGCCCAAGGUACCGUAGGGGGCCUCCUCGCCCACGGCCUGCACCAGUUGUUGGAGAGGCUGAAGAUAAAGAGAAUCAACAGGCGGCCAGUGGUCCAAACCAGCCACCUGCCCGCCAUGGAUACCGGCGUCCCUACAACUGUCGUCGUCGUCCGCGUCCUCCUAACGCUCCGUCACAGGAUGGCAAAGAGACCAAGGCAGGUGAAGCACCAGCCGAGAACCCUGCUCUGGCCACCGAGCAGAGCGGUGCUGAGUGACCCCGCUCCCCAGGCCCCUCCACCACCCACAGGGUGACCUAAAGAAUUAAUGACCAUUCAAAAAUAAAGCACACCUACGACCUUACCAACACCAAAGAAACAGCUAAGCAAUAAAGUCGACGACUAACCAAGAUGUGGACAUUAGAAUGUUUGCUAUUAUUCUUUGUGAAACCAACAGCUACAAAAUGAAAAUGCCAGCAACUUUUCCUGCAAUCUGCAGUCCAGGAAAACCCGCACAGAACGCAAGAGAGCACCCUCCCCAGUUUCAGCCACCACUAGGUUUCUAGUUUUUCCUGGUUUUUACUGUUUUGGUACUAUGAAUUGAAAGAAGAAAUAUUAAUACCAUAUGGGAAGAACCCCUACCAAAGAAAUCCGAAAUAUAUAGUAAAUGCUUUUUUUUUUCCUUUUUUGUUCAUUUUGGAUGCUGGUGCUAAACUUCCAAGUGUCAUGAUUUAAAAAGAAAUUUUAUGCCCUUAUUUAUUUCUAGAAUGAGGGGAGGAUCACAAUUUUUGAUUUCUUACAUGACUCUCUUUUAAAAUGUGCAGUAAGAAGUUCCUCAGAAAUAAAACUGUUGCCCUUCAAAGGA